UCUAUGCACUUUAUACUGAAUUGCAAUACUUUUUGCAAGAGAACCUUGGAAGUAUAUGAUAGGUACAUGUACCUAGGUUAGGAAGCUGCUCAAGCCGUGUGCUUGUAGAAACCGAGUCUGUCCAUUGCCAGUUCUUGAUAGUCUACCCAGUAAUGAACCAGGCAUUCGCUUGGAAUCUGCGGGUAUGAGCUUACUCGUACUCACGUGCCGAGCUCCCCUGGGGUGCUCUCAGUUGGCUAUAUUCUCGUCAACAUACUUGAGGCACUAUGGAAGGACACGCUUCAGUGUCAGACGGCUCUCGAGCCAUACAGCUACUCCCCGGGACACUGGCAUUGAGUAUGUCCGAAAUAUAGGUAUCAUUGCCCACGUCGAUGCAGGGAAAACAACUACUACAGAGCAGAUGCUCUAUAAUUGCGGGGCUUUAAAACGUGCAGGAAACGUUGAUCAGGGAGACACUGUGACCGAUUUCUUGCCAAUGGAGAGACAGAGAGGAAUUACAAUCCAAUCUGCUGCCAUUACUUUCAGCUGGCCAUCAAAAGAACGCCUAGACCCAGAUGGUCAGCAAUAUAUCAUUAACCUGAUUGAUACCCCUGGUCAUGUGGAUUUUAGAUUUGAGGUCGAGCGCUGCAUACCCAUUCUCGAUGGGGCCGUAUGCGUCAUUGACGGAGUCGAAGGUGUUGAGGCACACACAGAGAGAGUCUGGUCGUCAGCUCAAGAAUUCAAGGUGCCUCGAAUUGUCUUCGUUAAUAAACUCGAUCGCGAUGGUGCUUCGUUUAAGAAGUCCGUGCAAGACAUCGGGCUGAAGCUCAAUGGCAUGCCAUUAGUCUGUCAGAUACCCUGGUGGCAAAAUGAGACUGUAAGAGGCAUAGUAGAUGUAAUCAGCCGUUCUGUCGUCAGUUGGAUGGGAACCGAAGAUUCCCCUGAAGAAUUGUCAAAGAGACUACCCGAGGGCACAAUCAAAGAUGAGAUCGAACGCGCACGGGAGCGCCUGAUUGAACAACUCUGCGAGAAAGACGACGAGCUGAUGGAAUUGUGGACUGCUCACGGAAAUGAUCUGCCUGACACAGCUAUCAAAGAGAGUAUGCGCCGUGUUGUUAAUACCGGCGAUGGGUCUAUAAUACCCGUUUUUGCAGGAUCUAGCUUGAAAAACAUCGGCAUCGCCGCUCUACUUGAUGCGAUCACAGAUUACCUGCCUAGUCCCUCAGAUCGUCCCGAGCUCAAAGUCCGGGUAGGUCGAACAUAUCAAUCCCUUAGUCACGUCAUUCAAGCACCGAAGCCUUCUAAGAAGCCUCCGCCGCGUGUCGAAGCAUUGGCGUCGGUUUUCAAAGUAGUCAACGACCCCCGUCGAGGAAUGCUCACAUUUGUGCGGGUUUACUACGGUGCUCUGAAAAAAAACACCCGCAUGUGGAAUACUAAUCUUCAGCAACUUGAAGGCUCUCUCAAUAUGAUGCAAAUAUCAGCAGGGAAAACUAUCGAGAUACCUCACCUAGCUCAAGGGCAAAUAGGUGCAAUCACGGGUCUGAAGGCUGCAAGGACUGGAGACACCUUACUUGCUUUUAAUUCACAUUCAGCACCACAGACAGAACUCGCUACUAUACAAGUACGACCGCCUGAAAUACCCCCCGCUGUGGCUUUUAUUGUUCUCGAUGCGUACAACCCGACUGGUGCAAAGGCCCUCGAGACGGCCUUAGAGAAUCUCUCUAGGGAAGAUCCGAGUCUGCGGUGGUCCAAAGAUGAAAAAACAGAGCAAUAUACACUCUCUGGGAUGGGUACGCUUCACUUAGAAGUUGCUCGUGAUCGUCUGGAGAACCAUUAUAAAGCCGAAGCUUACUGGGGUGAUAUCUCUGUUGACUACAAAGAGUGUUUGACCGCGCCGACAGCCCCUCAUCAAGCUAUUUUCGAUGGGGUGGUAGCAGGCAAAUCUGGUAAGGCGACAUGUUCCGUAGUAAUUGAGCCUCUGCAAGAGGAUCAUAACGAUACGUUAUCAGGAACCCACCUCGAGCGAGACGGCAACAUCAUUCAGGUCGUGUUUCCAAAGGAGGCUCUCGUACCUAAUAUUGAGGAAACAAGGCAACAUCUCACGAAUGGUGUAAUAUCAGCACUUGCGAGAGGUCCUCGCCGCAAUUCACCAAUGCACCAGUGCCUUGUUACAGUCACGUAUGAUGCCUCGAUCAAUUCCAGCUCAACUCCAAGCUCACACCUAGUCGGUGCAGCGAAUAAAGCAGUAAGAUCGGCUCUCAAAGAAGCGCACCAGCAGGGGAUGAUUGGCAUUCUCGAGCCAGUUAUGAGGGUCACAAUUGUCUGCCCCGAAGUGUCAGCGGGGGCCGUUCAGCACGACAUACAUACAGGUCGCGGGGGGCACGUCCUCGAAGUCAGGGAUAUGCAAGAAACCCAAGCUCAAGAAGGCGAUAUCGUCAACGUAUCCAAUAUCUACGCCCCGCCAGACCCAUACGAGUUCCAAACGACACUUCGGGAGACGCGGAAGGGCCGUCUGCGGAUGCUGGAGAUUACAGCUCGGGUACCGUUUGUAGAGAUGCUCGACUACGAUACCCAGCUCAGGGGAAAGACCCAGGGACGUCAUACCUUGACGAUGGCCUUGGAGACUUUCGAGAGAGUUACCGGUCCAAGAGAGAAGGCCCUCUAGUCUAUCUCGAUUGGGUACCUUGCAUAGGCAUUCCUUGUUUAUCAAGGGGAUACAGUUCAAUGCCCUAGUUAGGUAGGCAGCCUUAGACUUUCUUAGAUGCAUUCCUUAAGAAUGGAAAUCGACUGCCAACACUGUCAGGAUGGCGGGUCUAACCCUAAAUAAUCCAAUACAUGGAACCAAUAGUUCUAGGCAAGUACGAGAUUUAAUCCUCAGCCUGACCUUCUUGAGUUAGGAUUAGCUGCAGGCUGCAGCUGCAGUUGCCGCCACGCUGGUCUCCCUGAAACACACGUGCUUUUGUUCGUACCCUAUUAGUUAAAUAAAAUCUGGUAAUUUUGUAACGACACCUUGCUUCAAUGUUAGGCUAGUUGCGCGGCAUAGCGCAUUGCCCCGUGGCUGUGAUACAGUCCCAGCCGUGUUAGAACCCGGUCGCAAUUCUAUAAACUUAUAAGAUAACGCUUCG